CAAAAAUAUUAAAUACGAUCUCUGAUUCUGCGACGAACGCGGAAAGCGAAAUUGCAGAAGAAGCAAAGCCCCCACCACCACCAGCACCACCACCAACGUUAAGGAAACCCCAAAAGUCGGAGACACCACCCAAAAAUAAAAAACCCUUUUCUUAAGUCGCUUGCACGAUCUCGGAGAAAGGAAGGAAACACCGACCCAGAAGAAAAAGGAUUCAGCUUUUUUUUUUCCUUCUGAAUUCGCCAUUGAUAAAGUCAUUGUCUUUGGAAAAAGUAUUUGCUUUUGAAUCAGUUCUUAUAACAGAUUUGUUCUUUUGAUAACCAAGAUUCAAGCUUUGCUUAACUAAAUUUGAAACCUUUUGAUAGGUAUGUUCUUUUGGUUAUUAGUGCUAAAAUGGUUCGUUUUAAGUUACAGCCAAAAGGGUUUUAAGUUUUGGAAUCAUGUGGUGGGAUUGGAUAUAUAUUGUUUGCUUGGUGGAUUUAUCUUAUGACAUUUCCUAUUUUUAGUGUUUAUGUUUUUAAUUAGUUUCUGUUAGUUUUUUUUUGUGUUUAAUCUCUUCACUGAUCUGUUUUUUUGAGUUGUCUACACUUUAAAUUCACAAAGCAAUGCAAAAUAAGACGGCUAUAUUGAUCUCAUGUUUAUUUCUUGUUUGUAUAUAUAUGAAAGUAGUGAUUCUGUUUGAUGUGGUGUCUAUGUCUGAACUUAUGAACAGAUUGUUGUGAUCGUUUUGGUGCUUCUUGAUGGAUGAAGACAUUGCGAAACCAUUUGUAACGCCUGAGAAUAUGAUGAAUAAGGAAGAUGGUUUGAAUCCGGGAGGUGAUUCUACAGGGAAGGCAAUGACUUCAAAGCCUAAAGAGAAAAAGAUUCCUCAUUAUCUCAGAGCAUCAACUGGUUCGUGUCAUGAUUUGUGUAAGUAUGGGAAGAGACAGAUACCUGUGGAGAAACCAUGGCGUUCGAGUACUAAAAAGAUCUUCAAGAAAUCUCUUGAUGAUAAUUUGAAUGAGACUUUGAAGCCGGGUUCUUCUAAAAUGAAGAAGAAGGUGAGGGAAGUCGAGAAAAACGAGGGUACUGAUGAUUCUUUUGAGGUGAUUAAAAGAGAGGUUGUGAAGUAUCAAGCGAGUGGUGUCUCUAGUGGGAUGAGGAAGCCAGAGGUAUUGAUAAUAUCAUCUUGUGAUGAAACUCCUGUGAAGCAGAUAAAGAAGAAGACAACAUUAAGUUCCAAACUUAAACCUUCACCAGAUUUGGGAUCUCGUUCAUCAGAAAAUGUUGAUGCCCUGAAGCCAAAAGUCUUGAAGAAAUCUUAUUCAGCACUGACAACGUCGAAACCAAAAGUAAACCAUGAAAAAGUUGUUGCGUCACCAGUUUUGAAACCUAAAAUGGGUAAAAGAAAUGAUGGAAAAGACGAAGAUGGAAAGGUCAAGAAGGGUACAGUUUCCUCAAGAGUAGCUUCUAAGAAGGCUCCGGUGACUCCAAGAGCGUCGCUUUCUCCAAGAUUAUCAGUAAGACUAGCUGGAAGUUCAAGUUUGAGAAAGAGUCAGAGCUUAAAGGCUGCAUCUUCCUCUUCUCGACAAAAUCAGAAACCGAGACCCGUGAAUCGCACUGAUGAAUUUAAUAAACAGUUGGAUGAUUAUCCAGUCGAGGAGAAAACAUUGCACGUUGUUGAAAUGGAAACAACUAACAAUGUCGUCUCUGAGAAUGAUCAGAAUCAGCAAGGAUUUGUUGAACCUUUUCUUCCUCCUCUUCCACCGACCCAAUCAACUCCAAAAGAUGAUGAGUGUACUGUUUCAGAAACAGAGGAGUACGAAUACACUUCAGGAAGCAACGAAGCUGAGAGCGAAGAAGAAGAGAUUGGAUUGUCCAAUGGAGAGAAGAAACCAAGAGCGGCGAGAAAGGAGGGUGAUUCUGCAGAUGAAGCUGCACGGAAGUUACGUUUCAGAAGAGGAACAAUUGUGGAUCCUGAUACUGUAGGUGAGAAAGCAAGGAAGCUCAAGUUUAGACGAGGAAGGGGUCUAGGGGAAGACAAAGCGCAAGAUGCACAAGUUAGGAGAAGCUUUAAGAAGAGGGAAGAUAUCAGAGAAGAAGAAGUCAAUGAGGAUGGUGAAAAAGUUGUGUUGAGGCAUCAAGAUGUUCAGGAGAAAGAUGCACAGGGACUGUUCAACAAUGUCAUUGAAGAAACAGCGAGUAAACUCGUCGAAGCUCGAAAAAGCAAAGUUAAGGCUUUGGUUGGUGCUUUCGAAACCGUUAUUUCUCUUCAAGAAUCUUAAACCUCCUGCUAACUCUGGUAUUUGCAUUGGGUAUGCAUGAGCAUAGCUAACAUUGAGUCUCUAUGAUUUUUCUAGUAGUAGUAGUUUAUUUGGUUUUGGUUUCUAGAUUGAGCCGGUGUGAAUCGUUUUGUUGAACUGAAGAAGAUUGAUACUUCAUAGAAAGUUAAAGGUCUCUGCCAAACAUUUGGUGCUUUGUGAAUAAUACUUUGAUGGAUUGGGGUUUGUGUUUGGUUUCGGUUCUUCUAGACCGGUUUGUUGGUUUUCAUUGGAUUGUUUGGGUUUAUGAUUCAAUUUGUAUAGAAAAAUUCUGGUCUAGUUUCUUACAUUUGUUGUUGGUUUUUGUCUUCUUGUAGAAAGAAGCACUUUCAAUAGGUUUUCUUUCUGCUUAAACCGGAUCGUAAACCGUAAUUUCUGGUUUUGCAGAACACCGAUCUCUUAAAAUGGUU